UGACACAUUUAUGACAUUCUAUUAAUCAAAAAAGAAACAUUAAAAAUGUCGGAAGAUACUGCAUCUGACGAUGGUACAAUCAAAGGACCAAAAGAAUUCAUCGUUGAAGAACUUUCCGAUAGUGAAGAUUCUUCAGUGGCUGAAACAUCAUCCGAAGAUGAACAAAGAGAACGCCCAAAGCCUGAAAUACCUCCAGAAUAUUGGCAUAUACAAAAACUUGUCAAAUACAUGAAAUCAGGGAAUCAAACUGCCACUGUUAUUUCACUAUGUUGUUUAAAAGAUCACGAUCUCACAACGGAAAUCAAUCAAAUGGCCAUCCAGGAUAUCGGUGGUCUAGAAGUCCUAAUAAAUCUCCUUGAAACCAAAGACUUGAAAUGCAAACUUGGCUCUUUGAGCGUUUUAAGCGAACUCUCCCAAAACGAGCAAAUCCGUCGUUGCAUCACCGAUUUAGGCGGAAUCUCCCUCCUGGUCCACAACCUAGCCGAUCCAGCUCGAGACUUACAAAUCCUAGUCGCCGAAACCAUCUACAAUGUGGCCCAAAUACGCAAAGCCCGCAAACACGUACGAAAAUUCGACGGUAUCCCUAAACUUGUCGAUCUUCUAGAUGUUAACGAAAACUGCCUCAAAACUCCUAAAGAACAACUCACUCCUGACGAACUGGAAAAUGUUAACAUUGCCAAAGCGGCGGCGAAAGCUUUAUGGUCGGUGUCGAGAAGCAGGAAGAACAUUCAGGUGAUGAUGAGAAGCGGUUCUGUUCCGCUUUUAGCGAAACUACUCAGGUCUGUUCAUAUGGAUGUUAUUGUUCCUACGGUUGGCACCAUUUCGCAAUGUGCCAAUGAACCGUCAUAUCAGUUGGCUAUUCAGACCGAAGGCAUGAUCAAGGAUAUUGUGCAGCAUUUGUCUGCAGAGGACCCUUCUUUGAGACGACAUUGCGCUGAAACGAUUUUUAAGUGUGCUGAAGACGCCACAACUAGAAAUUUGGUUCGACAAGCAGGAGGAUUAGACCCUUUGGUGAAUAUGGCUAGAGAUCCGGCAACCAAAGAAGACAAACUUCUUCUUGCUGCCGUCACUGGAGCAAUAUGGAAGACUGCAAUUAGUUCAGAUAAUGUUGAAAGAUAUGAUCAACUGAAAACAGUUGAAGUGUUGGUAAAACUACUGGAAAAUGCCGACGAAGACGAAAUGGUUUUAAAAAAUGUGGUUGGGGCCCUUUGUGAGUGUCUCAAAUUUAAACAUAAUCGUGAUGUUUUGAGACGAGUUAAUGGAAUUCCAUAUCUUGUUAAUUUGCUCAAUUAUACAUUUCCACCACUUUUGGAAAAUGUGCCAAUGGUGUUGAGGGAGUGUGCAGAAGAUGAAAGUUCGAUGAGAAUCAUUGAAGAACUCGAUGGGGUUAGAUUGAUUUGGUCACUUUUGAAAAAUGAGUCACCUAAGGUUCAAGCAAAUGCUGCAUGGUCUUUGGUUCCCUGCAUAAGAUACGCCACCGAUUCCGGGGAAAUGGUCCGUUGUUUCGUCGGUGGUCUCGAACUAAUCGUAAAUUUAUUAAAAUCAAGCGAUUGUCACGUAUUAGCUUGUGUUUGUGCUGCAAUCGCCGAAAUAGCAAAAGAUAUCGAAAAUUUAGCUGUGAUAACUGAUCAUGGUGUUGUGCCCAUGUUGGUAAACCUGGUUCACACUCAAAAUGUGGAAUUGCGAGAACAUUUGGCUUCUGCUAUCGCUUAUUGUUGUGCAUGGGGCUCCAAUUGUAAAACAUUUGGACGUUUGGGUGCCAUUACCCCCCUUGUGGCUUAUAUGGCCGACUCAAACGCAAAAGUGCAUAGAACUACAGCUUUGGCACUGUUUCACCUGUCGAAAAAUGCGUUUAAUUGCAUCACAAUGCACGAAAGUGGAGUGGUUCCGUUUCUACUGAAAGCGAUAUCUACCACAGAUUGGGAUUUGCAAGAAGCAGCAGCCGGAUGUUUGGCCAAUAUCAGGAAACUGGCAUUGGAAGCGGAAACUUGCCAUUUGAUCAGAAAUAAGGAUGAAUCGAGUGCAGAGGACGAUUAAUAAAGCCACAGACGGUGGCCUUGUUUUGGUCAAAGUAUCAACUUUGACGUAUUAUUAUUAAAUUUACUUUUUUAUUAUUAAAAUAAAUUUUUACCU